AUGUUUACAGUAUCUGACUCAUAUCAAAGAGAACUAAACAGAUUUCUGGACUCUAGUGAAAAUCAUAAUAAAUGUGGAGAAUGUGGCCUCCCAAAUCCAACGUGGUGUUCAACAACGUAUAAUCUAUUCCUAUGUACAAGGUGUGCUACUGUACAUAAAAAAAUAUUGAAUCAUGAUCCUGAUUUGUCAAUUAUAAAAUCAAUAAAGUUAGAUUAUUGGACUAAUGAUGAAUUGAACAAGUUUAUUAAUUCAGGUGGUAACGCAUAUAAUAAAAGAUUUUGGAAUCCAAAGGAUAUCAAGAACUUUGAUGAUGCCAAUUGGGAAAAUUUCCUUAGAGAUAAAUAUAUCCUUAAGAAAUUUAGGUACGAACAGGAAAGAACUGAGAGAAAUCGUAUCUCUUCUAGGUUAGGAGGGACAAAUAAAUUAUUAACCGGUAGAAUGGCAAAAGAUUAUGAAUUGAGUAAGUAUUCAAGGCAGCUUCGAAGUUUGAAGGAUAUGGGGUUUAAUGAUGUAGAUAAUAAUGUUGAAGCAUUGAACAUAUGCAAUGGUAAUAUUAAUAAGACAAUAAAUAUAUUGACUUCCAAUGAAAGAUCAGCGAGUGCUGAACCAUUACCUCCAUCAUUACCAUCAAGGCCUCAAAUUUCAACAGAGCCCAAACCAGCUAUUUUUGAUGGAUCCUCUCCCUUUGCUAGUGACGAUACAUCGUCAUCCAUUAGACAAAAUGGACCCAAACCGGCCGUCUUUGACGGAUCUGCAAUUUUCCAGCCGCAAUGGAAUGAUCAGCUUUCUACGCCAAAUGGAUUCACUGGACAAAAUCAAAAUAUGGCACCAAGCAAUUACUCUCAACCACCAAUACAGUCUACGGGUCAAAUCCCAGGGCAAUCUAAUGGAUUUACUACAAUGCAGUCAUAUCCAGACCCAAACCUAACGGGUUCACAACAAACAUUUCAACCUCAAGCACAGAACCAACUUCAAUACCAGCAACAACCGCUACAAACCUCCGGAGGAUAUCAAGGACAAUUGCAGCAACCCCAACAAUUCGAUUCUAGCUCUAUGAAUUCUCAAGCGCAACGGCAGUCAAACAUAUCGAAUAUGUUCGUGUCUCAACCUCAAUCAAUGCCAUAUAAUCCACAACAAUUUCAGUAUCAACAAAGCCAAUUUGAUUCUAAUGUCCCUUCGCAAACACAACCAUCAAUAGCGCCAUCGGCUGUUAAUGCAACUACAAUUCCUUAUGGUCAACUCCCUCAAGCACAAUAUUCGCAGUAUCAACAGCAGUAUCAACAGCAGUACUCACAGCAAUAUCCACAGCAAAAUUCAUCGCAGCAGUAUCAACAAUUUCCAUAG